CAAGCUCCGAGACACGUCAAUGCCACGAAGCAGACACUUCCUUCAGAUAUAAUCAUAAAACGGACUAAACGCCACCUAGAAGAGCUUGAGGUGACAGCUCAUAUUCACCGUUCAAAUUAUACAGAGCCUUCAAUCACCUUCGACGGUAAUGACGAGGGCGCCAUCAGCGGAAAGAACCGCGUCCGCCAGAUCGUUUCAGAUAAACGUCACUUGAAUGACCCUAAUGCGAAGAAGAAAAAGUCGUCCAUGAAAGUUCGCACCGCUCUCCUAUAUCGCAAGAAUCUUGCUACCCUAAUCGAGGAAUCGCGUAUAGCAAGUCUUCCUUGUCACGUUCCAACAUAUUUAACAGCUGCUGCUCCUCCCCCUCAAUUGCCCCCACGUCUUUUAUGCUCCGUGUGCGGGUACAAGGGCGCAUACAAAUGCAAAAAAUGCGCUAUGCCAUACUGCGACAUAAACUGCCAGGGCGUCCAUUCUGAAACACGCUGCGAACGUCGCGUCAUCUGA